UGCGAUUCUGCAAAGUUCCAGCUUCCAGCGACUGUGAUACCGAGUCGAAUCGACUGUAACGUCAUUCCCAUCGCAGACGAGCUCGGUGCAUGACAUGCAUCCGCUCUAGGAGUCACUCGUGUGAUUAUUCUGAAAUACAUAGUGUGAAAGACAAACUGUGGUGAAUUUUAUAUCUCGGAAUUCUGCAAAAGUCCUUAGAAGAAUUAUCCCUCAACUCGUUUUGCAAACGGACUUGCAAUAUACAUUUUCAAGGUCUGUACUUUCCUUGCAUUUUACGAAGCAAUAAAAAUUCCAAGCUAAACUGGUGGCGUAUUUUAAAAGAUGAGUCAACGCUAUAAACAGACAAAAGUGGGUGACGUCAUUCCUGCAUUAUUUCAAAUAUCGUAGUUGAUCAAUGAGUAUCGUAUUGCAUUCAAGGAGUUAUUUUUAACACUUUGUUGUUAUACAUUUUGCGCAUGUAUGGUAUCGAAAACGCAUAGUGCAUCUAUUUGUACGUACAGAAUUAAAAUUCCGAUAAAAUGGAACAAGCUCUGGAAUACGAGAGAAUAUGGAAAGAUUGGAUUCAAGGAACUGAUUUGAUUAAUUUAUUAUCUCCAAAUGAAGUCUUUGAAAAUAUCCAACCGUACGAUUCAACUGUCGAAGUAAUUGGCAUUAUGGAAGACAUAGAAUUACCUCGUUCUGUAGGAAGCACUCCAACACGAAGACACGACCUUCUUAAAUUUUAUUUAAAUAACAAAAAAGGAAAACGUAUCCCAGUCUUAGCAUGGAACUACAAUAUUUCACGUGAAUUAUUAAAAAAAAUAAGAAAAAAUACUAUUGUACAUUUAGAUGGUGUUCAAGUUACAAUACCUGAAUUACCAACGUAUAAUGAUGGAAAUGUUCCAUACCAACUAAUAAUUAGAGAAAAUACUGUAGUAACAAAUUUGAGUGACUACAAAUCUAUUUCAGUUAAACUAAAUGAAGUACUAGAUACUUCAGGACCCAUUGUGUUGGAAGGUUAUGUAAAAUCUAAUUUUAUGGAAAGAGAAUAUCCCAACGAUGAGUGUAAUACAUUCGGCUGUGGAUCAAUUACAGACGGCACAUACAAAUUAGAAAUUCAUAUAAAAAAUUUUUCUCGCACUGAUUAUCUUGAACUUGGUAUAGGAAAAGGAGACAAAAUAAGCGUAAUUGGUACCAUAAAAAGAGAUAAUUAUUUUAUACAUAAUCCAAUAUAUCUCGAUGUAAAGGAUAUAAGAAGUAUUCGAAAAUUACAAGGACACAUGCCAUUCAGUGAGAUGUUAAAAGGUCAUUUGUGUGUCUAAUAAGAGAAAAACGUAAGGCGAGACAUUAUAAGAAGUAAAUGAGAUAAUUUAAAUACUAAUACUUUUUCAGUAGUCUUAAAAAGAUAUGAUAUGAAGGUCAUUAAAUCAAGUCUAGAAUUAAUAGUGUAUCAAUAUAUAUUAAUACAAUUUUGUAUUUUUUUUACCAAUUCAAUUAAUCACACAAUAAAAACAAGAUAUUAUAUUAAAAAA